AGCGGCCCGGUAGCAAAGCCGGUGGUCCCAGCGCAUUGGCUCUCCAGGUGUAAAUUCAUACCGUUGGUGCGUGAAACCGUCGAGCUCAAAAAACGACGCGAGCACCGACUAGCCCAGCCCUCCAUUUCUUCCUUCCAUCAAUUUAACGGCUGAGAUUGCAUUCGAUGAAAUCCCUCCGCCCCCUUCUCAUCGUUCUCUCCGCCUUCUUCGCCUACAAACAUCGCCAGCCUUCAUUUGGAUUCAAAUUCUCCCCGAUCUGAGAUUGAGAAAGUUAGGGUUUCUUUGCUUCCAUCUCGAGCAAUGGUGAUCUCUGCUCCGUGCCCUAAGUUCUCCGCCUUCAGCUCCCGAAGCUCGAGGAACCGGAGCUUAAACCAGCAGCAGGUGGCCUCGAUCUCGAGCUUGAAGCCCUCGUUUCCCGCCGGAUCCGCUAGGAUUUCGAGAUUGCAGGGUUCUAAACAAACUCAUGCCCCCAUUUUGAAGGCCCAGGCCCAUGAGGCUUCUGCUGAGGGUUCAUCGGAGUCUGCUCCUUUGUCAGCCACACCUUCUGAAGAUUCGAAGGAUGUGGAGAGCAAUGCUCAUCAGUCUGUACUAUCAGAGUCUUCCAUCUCUGCAUUCAUGGCAGAGGCUUCAGAUCUUGUAAAGCUUGUUGAUUCAAAAGAUAUCAUGGAGCUUAAACUAAAGCAGAAGGACAUUGAGCUUAUAAUUAGGAAAAAGGAGGCCUUUGUACAAGCACCACCAACAGCACCUGUUGUAAUGAUGCAACAUCCUCAACAAUCUAUGCUUCCAUCUCAACCUUCUGUUGCCCAACCAACACCUGCAGCUACUCCUUCACGAGGUCCAGCAGCAGCACCUUCUUCACCUCCAAAGGGGAGCAAGUCAUCUCUUCCUCCUCUCACGUGCCCCAUGGCCGGAACAUUUUAUCGCUGCCCAGCACCUGGGGAACCGCCAUUUGUGAAGGUUGGGGAUAAGGUACAGAAGGGCCAGGUUGUUUGCAUCAUUGAGGCCAUGAAAUUGAUGAACGAGAUCGAGGCCGAUCAAUCUGGGACGGUUGUUGAGAUACUCGCGGAGGAUGGAGAGCCAGUUAGUGUUGACAUGCCCUUACUUGUCAUCCAACCUUGAAGAUUUCGAGCUCCAGUUAAGAUGCAGCCAAACUAAGUUAUGUUGCAGUCGUCCAUGAGGUCAGGGUAUAGCUUGUUAAAAAUAUUUGUUUCGCAAAGUUCUUAGCAGUUGGGUAUAAUGACUCGUAAACGUACCAGAAGUAAGGAAACAGUUUUGUUGUGCGUAUGUUAGUUUUAUGGAGACAGGUGUUGUGUUUUUUUAGCAUAGACUGGAACUUGAUGCAGUAUAAAACAUUGAGAAGCUAGAUGCAGUCCUUUAUAUGUGUGUUUUCAUUGUUGGUUGUAUGGAGACAGGUUUCUAGUGUGUUAAAUGCUUCUGAUGCAGUGUAAUGCCGUAUGAAACGCGGAGAAGCUUGCUGUAGUUUUUAUUAUUAUAUGUUUGUCGUUUUGUUGCUGGUGGUUU